AUGGCUCUAUUCACGCGGAAUGUCCUGCUGUGUCUCUUUCUGGGCUUGAUACUGUUCAGCCUUCAAGCCCAUGCAUUUGGUGCUGGCAAUAUUGCCUCUAUCUCUGCUGUAGAGGGCAAGAACUGGCGCCAUGGGGACAUUGAAGAUGUCUUGAAGACCGUGGCGUGUAUCCGUCACCACAAAUGGAAUUCGAUGAUGAUCAAACGUGUCUACUUUGGUAACUGGCUUCGAGACUACUCUCAGGCUAUGGAUACCGGUGCUCUGAAGAAAGCACAGCCGGAAACCAUUCGCAUUUUGGUCUGGCUGCUAUCAUUCCUCGGAUUCGGUUAUGCUACAGCGGAGUUCGAGGUUACUUCGGAACGCUUGGGGGUAUAUCGACCUGAAGAGCACAUCGACAAUCCCAAGGACUACAAUGACAACGAGGACGCUCGAAAGUACGAUGUCCGCCUCCGGGGACCCGUGCGAGACAUUGAACUACAAAUCGACAUGGAGACUGGAAUGAAGAACUAUAUUGCCAAUGGGAAAGGUGACUGGGCUACCAGCGCUGCUUUCGUCAAAUACAGCUUUGAACGCAGCAUCCACCACGGCCGUCUUUAUACCAAUGGCAACGGGUUCUUUAAAGGGAAAGACGAAGAUCUCGCCGAGGCUCUGAGAUGUCUCGGACAAGGCUUACACACUCUAGAAGACUUUGGUGCCCACACAAACUACGUUGAGCUUACGCUUCGAGAAAUGGGCUUUCACAAUGUGUUCCCUCACGUUGGAACCGCCACCGCCAUAAAUCUGCAUGGAAAGCAUGUCUUCCCCCUUAUCACCGGCACUUUCGGGAUGGUUGACUUCUAUCACUCGGUCCUUGGAGAGGCUACCGACCAUUUCACCCAGAGUGAAGUCAACGAGAUGGACAAUGCUCUCGGCACUGCCCAGCAAGCGGCGCAGUCAUCAAACCCCUUGAUGACCCUUGUCAAACUUCUUUCUAAGGUCCCAGGAACCAAAGGUCUCUGCGAUGAGGCCGAACAGCUGCAAGCAAGCGCUCAAGCCCAAGGACGUGCCAAUCAACAAGAAGGCUAUGGGGGCCAUGGGGGAUACCGUGGAGUAGAUAACUAUCGAGAGUCUUCAAGGGGAAUUGAUGACUGGGAUAGUAGCCGUGCAUCUCAUCCAAACUAUCCAUCGCAGCCUCAGGCAUAUGAUGCAAAUCCUUGGAAUCAACAACCCCAGUCUGGUUAUCAGCCGCAUUGGGAGCAGAAUCCGCCUCCGUACCAACAGCAGCACCAAUGGCAUGAUCAAGGCGUGUCGCAGAGCUAUGACCAUCCACCGCCUCCCCAACAUCAGUCUCAGUGGCACGAUCAAGGAGCAACACAAAACUAUAGCACACAUGACCAAUACGGGGGUGCACAUCAGGGUUGGCAGCAGCCACCGAUGGAGCCGUGGCAACAGCAAGCGCAACGUCCGGGUGCUGGUACUUCACAGCCUCUGCAGUCAGCUAUUCCCGCACAAGAGCCACCUCAACCAUCACAAUCUGGUGCGCCCGCUUCAAGCGCUCUCGAGGGGCUUCCAAGCUUUGACCCUGCGAAGACGGUCGCUCAGAUCUAUCCGAUCCUGGCAUUCCGCGACAAAGUUGUCCGGACAGUCAGCAGUAUCAUUGAAAAGAUUCCGGGUCUAGAGGCGCUUGUCGACCGUAUUACCGAGACUCUAACAGUAUUUAUCCUUUCGCUUUUGGCACCUUUUGUCCGACCGCUUCUCAACGCACUCUCGAAGGCUCUCCAAUCGGGAAGUGAGGGCGUCCUGAGUUCAUCUGCAAAGCAUCAAUUCGAAGUCUGGACGGAUCCACACUCGACUGAUCCUACCCAUUCGAUGCUCAGCAAGGACCACUUCAGCAACUUACUGAAUGAACCAGCUGGCAAUGUGGCGGCCGAGAUUCUCAAAUUCAUUGCUCCCCGCGUUCUAUAUGCCUGGGAACACCCUGAUGUCCCAGUGCAGCAGGUCCUGCACGAUGUCGAGAUAAUAUUCCAUCAUCCCGCCAUCCGAAAUGAAGGGCUAGAGGUCCACCGGAAUAUGUUCGCUGCCGUGAAGAGAUGGGUGGAUGGCUUGCCUGACAGAGGACGUAGCCUCGAGGCGGUUUUGAGUUCGGACGCGGUGCGAGCAGGCAAAAAUCACAAAGCCGGCGUCAAUCCGCAUACUCAGCAUUCUGCUCCAAACACAAGCGGAUCGCAUCAAGCGAGUUCUGGCACACUGGGAGGACUUGCGAGUUUCAUUCCAGGCCAGCAGCACCAGGGCGGUGGCGGAGCUCAUCAGUCCUCGUCAAGUUCGGGAGCAUUUGGUGGACUGGCGAAUCUCAUCCCUGGAGGACACCAGAGUGGCGGCCAGGGGAGCAAUCCACUUGGAAUGGUAGGUGACGUUCUCGGAAACUUCACGGGCCAUAAACCAGCGCAACAACACCACGGGGGAGGUGGCGGUCUGAGCAAUAUGCUGAGCAUGGCCGACAAGUUGCCCAUUCCAGGCUCAUUCAGCAAAUACACGAAGCUGAUGGGUAGCUUCCCUGGAAGUGGGGCACGAGGCCUGGAUGAACAGGAUAUUGGACCAAGUGGCAGUGACCUAGGGGGCUCGACAGAGCUGCGUGAAGCUGCGUUGUUGGCAGAUCGCUCUGCCGCGGGUGAUAGAUCGCCCAGUCCCAUGCCCAUGCAGCCACCUGCUGGAUAUGAGCAAUACGGUCGACAAGACGUCGGUGGUUAUGGAUAUGGUCAAGAAGGACAAGACUAUCAAUACCAGACUUCCUACCAGGAUCCUUACCAGAGCCAGGGGCAGUAUUAUGGUGGUGGUGGUGGUGGCGGCGGCGGCGAGAGUGCGGGCUAUUAUGGAGGACAUUGA